CUUUCUCAUAUCGCAUACCACCUUGCUUACAGAGCAGACAUGUCUUGGCGAUGAAAUGUGGCCUUGCUGACGUGAGAUAUAAGCCCGCAGCUCACAAGGUCGAAUUUUUGUGGAUGCAGAAGGGCAUCGAUCCAUGUUGCCAACAGCCUCAAGGGGAGGCCUCGCAUUAGCUCUACUUGGUCGGCGCUCCAAGGCGUUUGUAUAAAAAGCUACGCAAGAUGCCGAUCCAAGUACCCAUGGCGAGGCACAGGGUGUUCUCAUUGAAGCUUGCACCAAAUUGCUCAGUGCAUGGACGUCACCUAUCGACAAGAUGCUGAAAAUGCUCCUUGCAGUAUACGAUCCUAUUGUGCUUCGCAUUGCGUGCGACCUCAACCUAUUUGACUUUGCUCUUGCACAUGGCGGCCCCAUCACCGUUGCCGAGCUUGCAGAGAAAAGCAAUGCAGACCCAGUACUGAUCCAUCGUAUCCUCCGGCUACUUGUGGCGAUCGGCAUCUUCAACGCAGAUACCAGCAAAACAUAUUCUGUUGCUCCUCUGGGUCAUCUCUUUGUAACCGGCUCACCUUUGAAAGAAGGCGUCGUACACCUUACACACAUCUACCCAGCUGUGUCCAGCAUGCCGGAAUACUUCUCGAAAAGGGGAUACAAGAACCCCACAAGCGCAGUUGACGCACCGUUCCAACUUGCUUACGGGAUCAAGGGUGUGGACUACUUCCAAUUCCUUGCUAGGCCUGAAAACAAGAAGUUUUCAGAUGCGUUCGACACGACUAUGAGUUUACAGCUUGCUGACACGGGGGGUAAAUGGGCGCCGAACUACCCCGCGGAAGAGCGCUUGAAGAUUGAAGACCCAGAGAGGGUAUUGCUCGUGGACAUCGGAGGGGGGCUGGGCCAUCAAACAAAAAAGUUCAGGGAAGAAUUUCCAAAUCUUGCCGGGAAAGUUGUUGUCGAAGACCUCCCUGAGGUCUUGGAAAAAGCGGUCGAUUUGCCUUCUUCCAUCAUCAAACUCCCACAGAGCUUCUUCGACCCACAGCCUGAGCUCGUCAAGAACGCAAAAGCCUUCUACCUUCGGUCGAUUCUACAUGACUGGCCAGAGGAACAAGCCCACAAAAUAUUGCGCGGACUUCACGAUGUGAUGGCCGAUGACUCAGUCAUCCUGUUAGAUGAGGUCGUGUUGCCAGAGUCCGGUGUGAGUCAUCUAGAGAGUCGAAUGGAUUGGCACAUGAUGGGCUGUUUCUCGAGUAUGGAGAGAACGGAACUGCAGUGGCGGACUUUGGUCGAUGGUGCAGGACUGCGUGUGGAGGAUCUCUGGGCCAAGGAAGAUGAUAAGGCAUGGCGCCACGUCAUAGAGUGUGUAAAGAAGACUUGAUUGUUUCCAUGGUUUACGAACCAUCGGAAUCGAAAUCGUAGGUAGUGUGUCUGGAGAGGUUGACGGCAGCCGAUUGAAAUCGAAGGCUAAAACUACAACUCGACACCAGGUAUGUCAAUUUCAGAUGACAACAAGCAAUCACACAGGUACUCGUGGCGUCACGAACAUCUUCUUUUCUCUACAGAGAUCAUGGCAUUCAUUCGUGCGCACGUUUAAUUCUCCUCACCACGAUAAAUGCGGAACGUAGACAAUAAAUUGGAAAAGUACUCAUCUGAAUAAAC